AUGAAUAAGCAAGAUACACAAAAUUCUGAAAACCAAGCCGACGGCUCUGCUACCAAUACCCAGACAAACACUGAUUCCCCCGUUGAUCGUAUUGAAAAGAGGGCAAUGCUUUCUCCAAUCUCACCCCAUCCAGUUCACGUAGCUGAGACCGUUCCUAUCCCCGUCCUCAACAAUCAAAUGGACUAUGCUCUCGACACACCAGAGGUCCAUGCCUCCGGGCCCGAAACCUCCAACACUAGUGUUGAACUUGACUACGACCCGGAGACCGCCGCUACUACUUUUAUGGAGCAGCCAAAAUUACAGCAGGCAACCUCAUCGGCUUCCGUUUCGGAAGCCACAAAUGAUAGUAGUCCAUCAUCUUCCUCUUCGCCGCCAUCCGUGAAUAAGGCUCCUGCGCCCACCGAGAUUGUCCAAAACAACCGCAGUAUCCCGACGGAUGUCGACUUGCAAGCUCUGUUGACAAGUUUGUCACCCACCGUUUCUCAACACCCAGUUUCCUUGCAAGGCACUCAGACACCGCCAGCAGCUCCCACUGCCCAGACCCCACCCUCUCAGCCGAGGUCGGCCUCUCUUCCACAACCGCCCGCGGUUGCUCAGGUAGCCCAGUCGCAGGUCCAUGCCCAACCGACGCAUCCCCUUCCGGCUCCACCAGCGACGUUUGCUGGUUCCAGUAAUACAGGUGCAGUGCAUACAAGUCACCCGGCCGGCUAUCCCGCAUCCCUACCAUUGCCUCCAAACUUUAACCAGCAUCGCCAGGCUGCAAUCCCCGGAUCCCCAACCGAAACUGAUGAUAACGAGGAGGAGUCCCGUCCUUUUACAGCCGAUGAAGAAGAUGAGUAUGAGAGGUUUCUCUCCGAUGAGCGUGAUUAUGUGACCCAAGGACAAUGGGAUAGAUUUCCUGCGGGCUCUCGAUUGUUCAUUGGUAAUUUGCCCACAGAGAAAGUCACCAAACGUGAUCUGUUCCGUAUAUUCCACCGACAUGGCCGGUUGGCACAAGUGUCCAUCAAGCAAGCAUACGGGUUUGUUCAAUUCCUCGAUAUAUCGUCUUGUGCAGCGGCCCUCCGUCACGAACAAGGUUCAACGGUGAGAGGACGUAAAAUGCACCUCGAGGUUUCGAAGCCACAGAGAAACACACGCCCAGCUCCAAGUGCUGAUUCUCAACGCGGGAGCCGUCGCUCUCGUUCUCCCGAUUAUGGUCGGCCAGUUUCUCCCAGAGGGAGAGGCAAUUUUCGUGGCGGCCGUGGUGAUUAUAGUGACCGUAGUUUCAGACGGGAUACCCGAGACCGUGAUUAUGAGUAUAAUCGCAGAUCCUCACCGCCAAGACAUAGAGUUCGUGAUGAUUGGCGGCCCAGCCUCCGCUCGCGCUCACGCUCCCCUCCACCACCCAGAUAUCGUGCUCGCAGCCGGACUCCCCCCGGUGAAUCCUUGCCUCCUAGAAGGGAGCCAAAGGACGUUCCCGAUGUCCAGGCCAUUGUCACCGAUGAGCUUGACAGGAAUUUUAUCUGGUGGGUUGAAAAAGCGUUUAGAGCGCGCAGUCUUACAUACGACCUGUUGUACCUACAUCCUAGAAUGCCUCUCGAUUCUGUCAUAAAGCAACAGAUCCUCGAGGGGGUUCAAGCAAUUGUCUUCUUGGACAGUCAGAAACAGAGAGAGAGCUCCAUUUCUCUACAAGUUUUCAAUAGACACGGUUCUGCAGAGGCUGGUUAUGACCGUUACGAUAACCUUGACCCUGCGAUCGGCGCCGAAUUGGUGAUAAGAGCAAAACAGAAAGCCGCUCAGCCUCAAGUUUCUACUAUGCCAUACGCAUACAUGUCUCAACAGCCUUUCGCACAGCUUGGGACUCUAUUGGGUUCAAUGGAUCCUGGGACUCUCAAUCGAUUAUUGACCGGUCUUCAAGCCCAGGCUCAGCAGCAGCAAGGUUUGCAGCAGAAUCAUAUGGGCCAGCAGCAACCACCGCAACAGCCUCCAUCUCUAGCCCCAGAUCUCGCAGCAUUACUGGCACAGGCAACCACUAACCUAGGGCAAGUUACCGCCCCCCAACCAUACGGUGCUCCUACCCAACUCAGUGUCAACACUGGGUAUGGAACAAAUGCACCAGCUGGACUAGCUGCUCUAUUUGCCAGCCAGGCUCAUACUCCUGCCCAAGCUUCCCACCCCACUCCUACCCAUCCAACACCUCAGCAGCAGCCGCAACCCGGCCAAAUGCAAAACAUCAUGGAGACGUUGGCGAAGUGGAAGCAAGGCUAGCUACUACAAGCCUUUCUUUUUCUCAUAUAUAUAUUUUUAUUUGUGGGCUUUCUUGGAGUUUUGAUUUCUUUUUCUUCCAACUCUUCUCCACAUACUCACGCUUUGUCUCUCUCGUGUGCACAUUAUGGUUUGUAUUUCUCCAUGGGUUUUAAACUGUUAAAAACCUUGAGAGAUAUAUUAAAAAAAAAGGGAAGAAAGCCGAAAUCCUGACCAUAGCUUUUUUUUCCUUUCUUUUUUCUAUCAGAAUUUCAAAUUUUCUUAUAUUUUUGCUUCGCUACUCUCCUCCUUUUCUUAUUGAAUUAAUAAAAUUAGUUCUUAGCCUUAGCUUGAGUUGACCUUUCUUUCCCUUCUCUCCCUCUUGUUAUGAUACUUGUUUUCUUUCUCCUUUUUUCUUCAUUCCGAUGGGCAUUGAAUGGUUUACUUAGUUACUUGCACACUUUA